AUGGUACACUUCUCACGCCGUCAGCAAACACCACGCAUGUCGGCUCCAUCCUCCCAUUCCCUCAAGCGCACGCUCGGCAUCCACAUCGCCAAUGCCGCCGCUGCACGCAAAGCCCUCACCAACGCUGUCGCAUUGGCCAAAGCCGCGCAAUCCAUCAUGCUAGAAGGGCUGCAAAACGCCGAGACAAGCCUGCAGUCCCUAACCGAGAUCCGCAUCCGCACCGAGGCACUCGGCGCGAAAACGCAAUUCGGCGGCGUGACGGAGCAGGACCUGAAGCGCCGACUGGCAGACUACACGCUCCAUGGCGUGAAUGUACGGAAGGAGCAUGAAACGGCCAUGGACGAUGCGUGGAAGGGAUGGCGGUCCGCGAUGGCAAAUAUCGUGCGGGCGGGAAAGGCGCAGAAAGAUCACGACGAGGUGGUGAGGGAGCUGCGGCGUAUGGAGGUUCUAUACCGGGGCUUUAAAGAGUUCGAGGGCAGUGUAAGUGGGGUGCGCUCGUCGAUUGAAAGGGAGAAUGAGGAGGUUUGCAAGGAGGUGGUGGCUAUUGCGAGCGCAAGCCAGGAGAGGCUGAGGGGCGCUUUGGAGCAAAUGAAUGCUCAUUCGGCGGCUUGGGAAUGGGUCGACGAUGGGGUACGGAAGGCUGCGGCGGCAGCCCGGAGGGCCAUAACCGGAGUCGAAUAG